AGUAAUUGGGAUAUUCUCAGCUGCUAUUAGCCUGUUACUUUUAAAUCAAACAUGCUUGUUUAAUCUACAACAUUUGGUGAAAUUUCAGUAAAGUCUAGUUGCACCGUAGAAAUAUUCAUCUGUAUGCGGACUUGCAAGGGAAGUGGUUACACUUUGUUUUGUAGGUAACUUAGCUAGCCUAUGACGUUAUAUUUCUAGCGAGCAGCAGUUGUUAAUGUGUAUUAUGGAUUUAUUGAAUGGUACUCGGAUGUAAAGUUGCACCAUUUGGAACGAUACGCAAGACUUGCUGAGUGAAAUUCUAGAUUUGUGUUCGUUGGUUUGAGAAGCAACUGUUAGCAAGCUAACAAUAUUCAACAAGCUGGCCAGUUAUCUUGAAGUAACUUCGCUUUAAACGUACUUUAUUCUGUUUCAUUAAGUAUGCAUAACACGGUUGCCGAGAACUGUCGCUUGUAGGUCACAUUACUUUCUUUUUAAAGCGGCGUUUGAUGUCAUGUGUAGGAGUAAAUAUAAACUCCUCUUUCACAAACCGUAUGGUCGAAAUUCAGACCGUUGCACAGCAAUUAUUUUUUACGUUGUAGCGAGAUAACUGUUUUAAAAAUGUUCAUUAAUGAUGAGACAAUCUAGACUGUCAUUUAGGUAACCACGUCAUUAAGCCGCUCUUUUGCAAAGGGUUGAGGUAGGAGUACGCCAUUGUCAAUUUGUCAAUGGAAAUCAAAGAAUUCGAAACACAAUGGAACAACACGCAAGGAUUUGUCCUAAGGAAUCGGAAAACGUCAAUGAAAAUGGAUGAGCCAAACUUAAGAAUAACUGACAAGACCGAAGAUGCAGUAACUGCGAAGACGAAUAACGACACUAAUGAACCGAGUGACUCGCAAUCUUCUUUGGGUGGCACUACAAAACCAAUAUUAAAGUUAAAAACCUGCACUACAACCACUAACAGGCGGUGCACAAUCUAUGUUUUGACAUUGGUGGUGUUGGCAUCUUUUACCACUCGUUUUUACAUGAUCCUGGAACCACCCCAUAUAUGCUGGGAUGAGACUCACUUUGGAAAAAUGGGCAGCUACUACAUCAACAGGACUUUCUUCUUUGAUGUCCAUCCACCCCUGGGCAAAAUGCUGAUUGGUUUAGCGGGGUACAUGACUGGUUAUGAUGGCACCUUUCCUUUUGGGAAACCAGGAGACAAAUAUGAAGACCACAACUACUGGGGCAUGAGAGGGUUCUGCGCGCUCCUUGGCUCCUGCCUGCCCCCUUUCGCCUACCUCACGGUGCUGAAUCUUUCCCAGUCCCCCACAGCCGCCCUCAUCUCUGCCUGUCUGCUCAUCUUUGACACUGGUUGUAUCACCCUAUCCCAAUACAUUCUGUUGGACCCCAUCCUCAUGUUCUUUAUAAUGGGUUCAGUGUUGGGUAUGGUCAAAUUCAACCAGCAGAAAGAGAGGCCCUUCAGCGCCCCUUGGUGGCUAUGGCUGCUGCUGACAGGAACCAAUCUUGCCGGAGCACUAGGGGUGAAGUUUGUGGGGCUGUUCGUCAUCCUGCUGGUGGGACUGAACACGGUGUCGGACCUAUGGGGACUGUUGGGGGACCUGGAGAAUUCUAUGACGGAGUUGGGGAAGCAUCUCCUGGCCCGUGUGUUUGGGCUGAUCAUUGUCCCGCUAUCUUUGUACUUCACCAUCUUUGCUGUCCACUUUGUUGUCCUGAACAAGAGCGGUCCAGGAGAUGGCUUCUUCAGCUCAGCCUUCCAGUCACGAUUGAUCGGGAACAACCUGCACAACGCCUCCAUGCCCGAGUAUCUAGCGUACGGCUCGGUCAUCACGGUGAAGAACCUGCGGAUCGCGGGCGGUUACCUGCACUCCCACUGGCACCUGUACCCUGAAGGGGUGGGCGCCCGGCAGCAGCAGGUAACAGCCUACCUCCACAAGGACCUCAACAACUUGUGGCUGGUCCGGAGACCAGACCCUGCAGACGAACACUCUGGAACCCCGGAACUUGUCCGUCAUGGGGACAUCAUCCAGUUGGAGCACCAAGAGACCACUCGAAACCUCCACAGUCACCUCCAUGAAGCCCCCCUCACCAAGAAGCACUUCCAGGUCACAGGCUAUGGCAUUAAUGGCACAGGGGACCCCAAUGACCUGUGGCAGGUGGAGGUGUGCGGGGGCCGGAAAGGUGACCUGAUCAAGGUGCUGCGCAGUAAAGUGCGCUUCCUCCAUCGAGCCACGGGCUGCGUGCUCUUCUCCUCUGGCAAGACCCUGCCCAAGUGGGGUUGGGAACAGGUGGAAGUCACCUGCAGUCCAUAUCUGAAGGACACGCCCAACUCCCAGUGGAACAUUGAGGAUCACAUCAACCCCAAGUUGCCCAACAUUAGCCUGGCAGUGCUAAAGCCUUCCUUCCUGGAGAUUCUUUUUGAGUCCCACAUCGUCAUGAUCCGGGGCAACAGUGGCCUAAAGCCCAAAGACAAUGAAAUGAACUCUAAACCAUGGCACUGGCCUAUCAACUAUCAGGGCUUGCGGUUCUCUGGAGUUAAUGAGACGGAGUACCGCGUGUAUCUGCUAGGAAACCCUGCGAUCUGGUGGCUGAACCUGCUCAGUCUGGGCCUGUACGCAUUCAUGGUGUGUGUCUCUGGCGUGCUGAUCCAGAGAGGAGUCUCUUUAGCCGAGAGGAACAUGGAGCGCAGCAGGCUGCUGAAAGGGGCCGGGGGGCUGCUGUUCCUGGGCUGGCUGCUGCACUACCUCCCCUUCUUCACCAUGGGCCGCAUCCUCUACUACCACCACUACUUUCCUGCCAUGCUGUUCAGCAGCAUGCUCACAGGGGUCACCUGGGAUGUCUUGCUGCAAUGUGGGGACCUGCUGCUACCCCCAUUCGCUGCAUACUGUUUUCAGAGGGGGGGGCAAGCCCUGCUAUUCUUGGUCUUUCUCUACAGUUUUUACCUGUUCCACCCUCUCUCCUAUGGCAUGAAGGGGUCUUUGGCCCAUGAGCCAGGCAGUCCAAUGGCUGGCCUCAAGUGGAUGGACUCCUGGGAGUUUUAAUGUCUCUGAAGAGGAGGAAAACAUUGACUGACUAGAGCCCUAAAACACUGCCUUAAUUUUAUCUGAACUCUCACAACACUACAGCGCAUUCUUUUAUACACUACUCUUUUAGGCAGUAAGAUGCGCAGUAUUUGCACGUGUAAUGAACAUUGGUGACUGAUAAGCAAUGUGACUUCUCCAGGAUGUCACUUUGUGUAUGAUUAUAUCUAUCAAUUAUGUGUCUUAUCGAUAGACAUGUAUUGUCCUCAAAUGUAAAUUGCUCUAUAUUUAAUGAUAUUACAAGAUAUUUAUUUCAAAGUAUCCAGCCAAGAACACUUGAGUUUGUCUUAAUUAGCAAGACAACAAUGAAAAUACUUCUUGUAUUUUCUAUAUGACUGUAUUUGUAGUUAAAUCGCCCAUUUGUCCAUCAAUGUAUUCUUUUUGUCCCGAUUUGGAAUGCUCAGUUGUAAUUAUGAGCCAGUCACUGCUUUAUCCUUCAUUAGUUUUGGGGAGUGCACACUAGCACGUGCACAUCCGCCCAAAGAGCUGCCCGCUGCCAUUUUGGUCAGCAGUCCUCCCGUCGAGUGCUUCACAGGCAUUGUACAGCUAAUACAGGCAAAUGCUAGGGGCCCAAUUGGAUGAAGAAUGUCUGGCUCUGCCACACUCUGCUCUGGAGGUAUCCAGAUAGACUCCAGGCUGUGGGAUCAUCAAUGUUCUGAGAGAAAGUGCCUUAGCUGGCCUAACUGCCAACUACAGUGCAAGUUGGUUUCAUAUUAUUUAUUUGAAUUUUAUUCUACCCUCAUUUUUCUUUAAUCCCCAAUUUUGGAAUAUCUAUUUGCAAGUUGCAAAGCUUUCUUUUCUUUUUCUGUUUAUUUCAGCAACCAUUGAAUUUGUGCUGUUUGUGCAUUGAUGUGAAAAAAAAAAAUACUAGGGCAAAAUGCUUCACAAUUAGAUGAACUAUUUUUGCAUAAAACUAUUUUGAUUCUUACUGGCAGGUAAACUUGGUCUGUUCGCAGAAAUAUAUGAAACUGGAGCACUGUGGUAUAAUUUUUCUCUAGUAGUACUGUAAUGUUAAUGAGGUCCACAUUAAUUUCAUGUUAUGCUAUGGCUACUUUACACUACAGACAGAAUAUAUAGGUAAGUGCCUUUUGAAGGGAUAUUUUACCUCUAAUGUGAAAGUGUGAGUGUAUUUUUAAUGUAUGCGUAGGCUGAUUUUAAUUUUUGUUUAGUUAUACUCUAGUAGUCUGAUUUGUUAUUCAGUAUUCUUUCAUGUUUAAGAAUGGAAAUUUUGGGUUGACAAUUUGUGUUAAGUGUACAAUGUUGCUAUUAAUUUAAAAGUAUUUUGUAUUAUUUUUGUUCUUGUGUUUGCUCUGAACCAAAUGGAAGGGAACUAGCUAAUUUAGUUAUUUUACCUUUGGGUUCCUCAUUUAAUAAAGAUCUACUCUGUUCCUUACUUACCUAAA